UACGCUGAUCUCCCACUCCCCGUCGUUCCUUCCCAUUGCCUCUGCCUCGUCCAUCCAUCCAAGGAAAAACAAGAACACACAAGCACACGACCAAGGAAAGGAAAAACAAGAAGGAAAGCGGCGGAAGAUCUAGAAACCAAGUAGCGGAAGGGACGAUCGAUCGAUACCCGAGUGAUCAUCCAAGAUGAACGAUGCCGACGUCGGGAAGCAGAUCCAGCAGAUGGUCCGGUUCAUCCAGCAGGAGGCCGAGGAGAAAGCCAGCGAGAUCUCGGUUGCCGCAGAGGAGGAGUUCAACAUAGAGAAGCUGCAGCUGGUGGAGUCGGAGAAGAAGAAGAUCAGGCAGGACUACGAGCGCAAGCAGAAGCAGGUGGACAUCCGCAGGAAGAUCGAGUACUCGACGGAGCUGAACGCGGCGCGGAUCAAGCUGCUGCAGGCGCAGGACGACGUCGUGUCGGAGAUGAAGGAGAGUGCGGGCAAGGCACUCCUCCGGGUGACCAAGGACACCAACACCUACAGGAAGAUCCUCAAGAGCCUGAUCGUGCAGAGCCUGCUCCGGCUGAGGGAGCCGUCGCUGGUGCUGCGGUGCAGGGAGGCGGACCGGGUGCACGUGGAGCCCGUGCUGGAGGCGGCCAAGAAGGAGUACGCCGAGAAGUCCAAGGUCAACCUCCCCAAGAUCAUCAUCGACGGCAAGGUCUACCUCCCGCCCCAGAGGAUCAACGACGCCGCGCACGGGCCCUCCUGCUCUGGAGGCGUGGUGCUCGCGUCGCAGGACGGCAAGAUCGUCUGCGACAACACGCUCGACGCCAGGGUGGACCUCUCCUUCAGGCAAAAGCUUCCUGAGAUCAGGAAGAAGCUCUACAGUCAGCAAGUGUCACAAUAAAGUUUCUUUAAUUCAUACGGGCUACCAUUUUCUUGAAUAAAUCACAAGCGGUUCGUGAUGUGCCUGCUUGCAUUCCAAAGUUCCUAUGUCUUAUCUGCAACGAUAUGUAUGGUCGCAUUUGUAAUGGAGGAAAUUGCUGGCGAGGUGGCGGACGGCUGGGUUCCCUUCUUUUGUACUAGUACCCGCAAGACCAUAUAUAUGCAUGUAUCAUCCAUUCUGCGUAGCAGCAUGUAAUAGACUGAGUACCGCAGAUCAUGCAUGUAAUGUUUUCGUUCAGAGAAGAAAGACAAAUUCACGAGGGUCGUGCAUGUA